GAAAGAACGUGGGGGCCAUACUAGGCGCCCUGGCCCGGCCACCGGGUCACCGGGCCACAGGGCCACGUCACAGCCGCCAGCCGGGAGCCCAGAGCCAGGCGCAGCGGGCAGGGCAGCUCCGCCUGGCUCCCACCAUGAGCACUGAGCUCAACGUGCCUGUGGAUCCCUCCACCCCCGCCUGCUCGGAGCCCGGCCACAAGGGCAUGGAUUACCGGGACUGGGUCCGCCGCAGCUACCUGGAGCUUGUCACCUCCAACCACCACUCGGUGCAGGCGCUGUCCUGGAGGAAGCUGUACCUGAGCCGGGCCAAGCUGAAGGCGUCUAGCCGGACCUCGGCCCUCCUCUCAGGCUUCGCCAUGGUGGCCAUGGUGGAGGUGCAGCUGGAGACACGGUACCAGUACCCACAGCUGCUGCUCAUCGCCUUCAGCGCCUGCACCACGGUGCUGGUGGCCGUGCACCUGUUCGCCCUCCUCAUCAGCACAUGCAUCCUGCCCAACGUGGAGGCCGUGAGCAAUAUCCACAACCUCAACUCCAUCAGCGAGUCGCCCCAUGAGCGCAUGCACCCCUACAUCGAGCUGGCCUGGGGCUUCUCCACCGUGCUGGGCAUCCUGCUCUUCCUGGCCGAGGUGGUGCUGCUCUGCUGGAUCAAGUUCCUGCCCGUGGAUGCCAGACACCAGCCGGGCCCUGGUGGCCACGCGGGCUGGCAGGCUGCCCUGGUGUCCACCAUCAUCAUGGUGCCUGUGGGCCUCAUCUUCGUGGUCUUCACCAUCCACUUCUACCGCUCACUGGUGCGCCACAAGACGGAACGCCACAACCGUGAGAUCGAGAUGCUGCACCAGCUCAAGGUGCAGCUGGACGGGCACGAGCGGGGCCUGCAGGUGGUGUGAGUGGCCGCGGGGACCUGGCCAGGAGCUGAGGGAGGACCACCCCCCCUGCAGAGAAUGCCACACCAAAGUUUCCUCCUGUCUUGGAGGGGAACAGCUACAAGACACUGUGUUGCUGAGCGAUUGCUGGCACAGGGCGAGAGGCUGCUCCCAUGGCCCUGGGGACUUCCUGGGUCAGGGACAAACUGAAGAGGACCUGUCCCAGAAAGGCCCUGAGCAGCACCAGCGGUCACAGGGAUCCGGUUAGUGUGGCAUUUGGUGACUGAUUUAUGUGGUUUGGUGCUUCCCUCUGGACCCUGGAAGGAGCGGGGGUGGCCUGGCUUGGGAUGGGGUCGGGGGAGGCAGGAAUCUGGGUGCAGUUGGUGCUGCAGCUGGAGGUGGGAGUUGUGAGUUCAGGGAGCUCUCCCAGGGCAGGAAGCCAGGCCAAGGUCAAGGAGGCAGGUCUUGAAUGAGGCCAAGUUAAUUGAAGGGUUCUCAGAGUUAACUAAGCCCCGAGCCCGGCCAGCCGCACUGACUCAUUGAAGCCACCAGGCGGGGAAAGGGCCCACAGUCCAGGGCAUCCACCUUGUCAUCACAAAACGGCCCUUUGAGCUUGAGUCAGCAGCCCUUUUGGGCUCCUCCAGCAGCAGGCCAGGGCGGGGCGGGGAGACUGGCUCAGGCACUAGGGCCACCCCCACUCCUUGCUACCUGUGGCCUGCAGGCGUCAAGAGGGGACAGUGUGUGGGGCAGGGAACUUCCUGUUUCAGCAGAGCCAGUGACCUGGUCUAAACCUGGCCAAAUGCAGGCCCUCGCUGUCCCCUUGCCUAAGGGCUCAGGACACCCGCCCCGUGUUUACACAGUCGUGUGGUGUGGGUCUGAUAUCAUCAGCUGAAGCCCGGGCUACAGCGCCAGCUUAGGUGGCGGCAGGUGUACCGUGAGCUGCUUUGAAGCCGCAUUUACCCUUCCCCGGCCCGCCCUCCGUUCUGUAUGUAAUGACCAGUCAGGCUGUGCUUACGGUUUUGAGAUCGGCUGCUGUGUCUUGGGUUUGGAUCGUGUGUCGUGGGAGCCGGGAUGGUGUGGUUGGGGUCUCCGGGAGUGUCAUCUGCUGUUGAGGAUAUAAACCUUAAUGCACAAUGAGAUUCUAAGGGGCCUUGAAGAGCUGUGUGGAGAACCCCCUCCCCCACCGGUAAAUUGUGGCAUCUGCGGGACACUGGGACCCCCCAGGGCUACAGAAGGGUCCUGCAUCUUCCAAAGGGCGUUUGCCCUGCAGUCUAUGGAGAACCCCUGGCCUCUAGUGCAGCCAUGCUUUCCUGGGGCCUUGUUGAAAAGGUUUGCCUGGUGUAUUGUGUUUGCUUUGCUAAAGAAAAUCAGCGACUCUCCUCGAUGUCCCCUUGUGUCCUGGCAGGAACAAAACAGUCUGGCCCUUCUGAGUGACAGCUCCCAAGUCUGGGAGCCUUCAAGUGUUAGGCCCUCUCCCAGGCCAUCAGGGGCCCCUCACCAUGGGGCUGCUCAGGUCCCAGACUGUGCCAGGCUCACCCCAGUGCUGACCUAGGCAUGUGUGACACCCGGCCCACAGACAGAGCUGCCGCCUGGCAGUGUCAGAUACAGAUGGCCUGAUGGCAGUGGGAAGCUGCCCCUUACCUGCGACCCCUCGUCAGAGCAAUGCUCCUGUGAUUUCCGGUGCUUCUCCAGCUCCUAAGCAUGGGGCAAAGAGUCUCUGGGAACAGGUGACCGUGUGUGUGGGGAACAGUCCAGGAGGGGACCUCAGGGCCACUGGGAGCUUAUUGGGAGAUGGGGGCAAAGCCACCAUGGUGGGGGCAUGAGAGCACAAACAGCGGGCUAGAAAUUCGGUUUCUGGAGGUGUAGCCUGAUUUUGCAGAGCACUGUAAUGGUGGGGGGCAUGGGGGACGAGGGGGCACCCUGGGGUCACUGGGCCCCUUCCCAGUGCUAAGCCGAGCGCCCUCAGACACACGGAGCCCUUCCCCGAGUGGAAUGUGAUCUCGUCUACCUAGGCAGUUUCAGAGCUGUCUUAGAAACCGCAGAGGCAGCAUGUGACUCGGGUCUCCUAGGAAGGCCUGUGGAGGAUGAAGCCAUGAGCCACUGUCACCUCCAGUGCCACUGUGCAAAUGGUGCAUGUCUACGUGACUGCUGACUGCAAAGGGGUUAACACACCCUGGACUGAGCUGAAUAAACAGCCAGUGAAGCUAUUCAAACCUGUGUGCUCGUGGGGUUGAGGGGACAUGUGGCAGCCCCCGGUGCCUGCUGUACUGCUGACUCUCAUCCUGUCAUGACAGCCCCUUCUCCUAGAGUGUACCUGCCACUUCCUGUUGCUGGCCAGUUCCGUUGGGUCCCCCAGGCCUACAGAAAUAGAGGGUCCCAGACUUCUCUAGAAAGGACAGGCAGGGUGCUCUGACCCAAGCCACACCAGCCUCAUGAAGCUCCUGACAGCUGGAGCUCCAAGAAGCCCGUGGAUGUAGCCAGUAUGGUGGUGCACACCUCUAAUCCCAGCACUUGGGAG